UCCAAAGAUUUCGUAAGAUCGCCACAGAGCGUAUAUCUUGUGUUCAUAUAUCACAAGUCUGAACUAAUAAACAUCGACAGAUGGCAAAAACCAUGUUAUGAUUAAUAUUUCUAUUAAAAGUCAUGCAGCCUUGUUCAAAAUACCAUAGUUAACAAGAAGUGGAGAUACUAACUAACGGAGUAAAAUGAAAAUAAUACCAACAUCAGUAUAAUUAAGUCUAUAAAAUAGUCCGUACUGCAUCGCUGUGCAUCGCGGUCGGGGGGGGCAAAGAGAGCGAGUAAAACAUGGCGUUUGUUUCUUUCAUUUGUUCCAAAUAUUCUAUACGAUAGUACGGGGAUAUUUCCAUUUUUUUUUUUUGUUUUUAACAUUUUAUUUUACUUUUGGUUUGCUUCAUCGGAUUUCAGUGAACAGCGAUAACAUUCGUAAGCACCCCUCGACUAAAUUCCCGGAUUAUGUGAGCUUGUGUUAAAACAAAUUUAAUUUCGUUAUGUAAAACAUCUAUUGAUUAUAUACAAUUUAGAACAAUGAGUAAAACAGAGAUAGUUACAACUCGUGACUCUUAUUGGUAUGCUUUACGUUGUUUGUGAAAUUGCAAGAAAUACAUAAUGACGUCUCGUAGCUACACCAAAUCUUAUAGUCGCAAGGUCAGCAGUGUACCUCCAGCCAGCAUUCAAUUCGACAAAUUGUUCAAAGAACAUAGCAAUCGGCCCUCUGCUGCAAAGUCAGCUGGUACUGUUGGAAAAUGGGGCAUUACUUCGUUCACAUCUAUAAGAAGUACAAGCAUCAAUGGACGGAGAGAUGAUAUACAUAGUGCUAUUUCAGCAAAGAAAAUGAAAAUGGACUAUGGGAAUCAAAACGCGCGACUAAAUGCGAGCAAAGAUCCAUUUUCCUUUGAUGUGGAUCCUGAUGCAAAGGCUGAGAAUACACAGCCGAUUGUAAAGCCAAAAAAAUUUUUCAAAAGCCGUAACGUCCAGCCGAUAACAGAUGAUAUCAGGCCAGACGCAGCUGUGUAUCGACAAGUACCUGAUUCUCAAUACGGGCGCGUUCGGACACCGAAACAAUCCAUGCCCAAGUCGCCUUUGUCCAAAUCGUCCCACGCAGCACAGAAAAAGCUCAGCGAAAGUUCGGAGUGUAGCAGCAUUGGCGAGGCAACCACUAGAGAGGAAAGCAAACCUCCGAUUGUCCUGAGAAUAUGCAAAGGCACGGCAAGACUAGUUUGUGGGGAUGCACAAGAGACGACGUCACCUCCCGAACUCGAUACCUAUAGAAUUUCAACGCCUGUUCCGAGCCCAGUCAAUGAAGAAGAAAAUCUCAGAGAUUCCAAUCUUGAGAUCUCUGACAAAUCACUGGAUCUCCGACCAAGGGAGACGAGGUUGACCCAUCAGCCCAUCGUCACUACCGUCUCCAUACCUUUGGAAAAUUCUGAAAUGCGUCGAACAACUCGAAGUCGUGCUAAGAACCUGCAGUUGGAUUUAUCAAGCGCUUCCACGGCUAUUCCAACUCCAAUACCGACAACCCCGAACUCUCACAGCUCCGGGCUUUCGUUAACCCUUAGGAAAUCAGUGACAGAUUCUAACAACACACUCAUAUCACAUUACGACAUCGUUAAGACUGAUUGUAACCCAACCUACCCCGUCAAGAGCACAAUCGAGCCUCUGAUUGGGCACGACCAACCUUUACCAACGACAACUCAGGAGCUGAUUGAUAUACUCUCAAGCGAUGCGGAUCCGCUGCUUUCCAGACCAGAACCUAUGUCAACGACUGUAGAGAUAGAGGAGAGUCCAGAGAAUGUAUCGGACGAUGUGCAGCACUGCUCGAUAGAUUUACAGAUGGAAGAUAACACUUUUGAACCGGAAGGGGAAUCCGACAUUCCCGCCCCGGUUGUUGAGAAUGAGCCGCGAGCUGCCAAAGCUAUGGUGGACCAGGAUUGGUUCUCUGGAAGUGACGACAGCGAGGGUGUCGUCGGAAAUCCUGAAAAUGAUCCUGUGACUAUGAUUAGUUUGGAUUCUGAGUCACAGCCUGUCGCUCCGUUGGCCAGUAUUACGACAAAACCUGUCAUGAAAAAAGGAAGUAUAUUUAAAAGUCGUUCGACUGGAGCAGCGAGUGGAAAUAAAAGACUGGCAUUGUACAAACACAAGUGGUCCGAUAAUGAGAAGGAAUCCUCUGCGACGGACCCAACUAGCACAGGAACAGCGCCGAACGAAGCUUCUGGAUCACAUGCCAGUUCAGCUCCAGUGGCUUACGAGGAGGAAGAAUUUGAACCUUCGAAAUUGACCAGAGUUGUCUCAUAUCCAGAAACGGACAUGGACUUUACCGAUGAAACUGAAGCAAUUACAAGCAUUCGAUGUGGCAAAAAAGUAAAAGGAUUUUAUACAGUUGUAAAGAAUGUGAAAAAAGCUCACCAGAUACAGGAAAGCGGAGAAUUCCAGGAAUUUAAUGAUGACGUUGAAUAUAUCUUGGAUACGUUGAGAGAAAAUAAUCCUAAUGCCACACGGUGUCUGUCAGCAAUACGUUUAGCCAGUAAAUGUAUGGCCCCAGCAUUCAGGAUGCAUGUCAGAGCGCAUGGUACUGUCGCUAAGUUCUUCAAAGCUCUUCACGACGCUACUAAAGAUCAGAGCCUUGGUCUGUGUACGGCGACGGUAAUGUUUGUAUUAAGUCAGGAUAGGUUGGCCAUGGACCUCGAUCGUGAUUGCUUAGAGUUAAUGUUGAGUCUGUUAGAGUCUGAUGCAAGCCACAAAGACGCACUUGACGAUUGCGGCUUGAGCAGGGCUGAAUUAUUGAAAAAUAAAGAAAAAGUGCGCCAACUUUGUGCCGACAUUCAAGCACAGGGACAUGCAAAACAUCUGAAUUUAGACAACAUUACUGUUGGGCAAUUAGCUAUGGAGACGUUACUGAGUUUAACUUCAAGACGUGCCGGUGAAUGGUUCAAGGAAGAACUUCGAGAGCUGGGGGGCUUGGAGCAUAUUGUCAAAACAAUCCGAGACUGUUAUCGCCAUAUUAGUAAUAGCAAUAUCAAAGAAACAGGCUGGUCCGAUCCUCUCUUGGACAAGCUACGCAAAGUUGAUAGGUGCUUACGAGUAUUAGAAAAUGUAACACACAUGAACGAGGAGAAUCAAGUAUAUUUGUUGAAGUAUGACGAUGGUAUUUUAGUCCAUACAUUAGCAAAUCUGUACCACUUCUGCGCACUCCAAAUUCCAGUGUAUCCCAGCAUGGAUCCUAGUGACAAAAGCUCUACCGCUGCAGUUGUUAGAGAGUGCCUAUUUGCUAUUAUUAAAGUUUUGAUUAAUCUCACACAUCGUUUCAACAAGCAAUCAUUUGGGAGUAAAGUGGUUGGAUCUCAGCCAGGUGUCGUUAACUGUAGUUUAUACCUCUUAUUACGUGUGCCAGAAUCUCUACCAGAAGAGAAACGAUUUGACAUGAUGAUGUUGGCAUUAAUUUUGUUGAUUAAUUUGGUCGAGCAAUGCGAUGACAACAAGCAGUUGCUCAUUGAAGCUCAAGCACCUCCAUCAUUAGCCGAAAUUCUUGACCCCAUUGAAAGUGGGGUCGAAGCACUGAUUGAGCUUUUCUACAAACAAGAAGAACUCGCACGAGCCGAGGAACAAAAAACGGACGCUAUUCUUGACGGGAAGAAAGAUUCUGAACAAACGGAAACUGUCUCCACUACUACUAAAUCACAGGAAGAAUUUAUUGAAGAAACAGUUACAAAGUUGUUACAAAAGGCAGGUCGACACAUGGAACACACUCUAAUAGGUGCAUACGUAGUACUCUUGCUGGGUUAUUUGAUAAUGGACAACAAGGAUUAUGAAAUGUUGGUACGCAGCAGGCUUCCAGACUGCAAUUUUUCAACAAUGGUGACAGUACUUCAGAAAUUUUUCAAUUUCAUGAAUUUGACCGCAUCGAACGAAGUAAGUAGCUGUGGCAUAGCGGCUACAGAGAAGGUGAUCAAGUUCCUAAAAAUGUCUGAUGCCAGGGUGGAGGAAGAGAAAAACGAAUUACCAUUACCAGCAUUGGAAGAUUCAAGCAUUCUUCUAGAUUUGACCCCUUCUUGAUCUACUAGCCUAACAUCCUCUUCUUAAGAGCCAUUCACGUUCCACAGGUGCA